UUCUGCGAUCACAUCUGUUUUGUGAUAAAAUCAUUUAAAACUGAUAAGUGUUUUUUAUUAGUUUAACGUCAAUGAUCUUGAAUCAAUUAAUUCAUUAAAAAGCAAUAACUACUCUGUGAUUAAUAGGUUUUUUUAAAUAAUGAUUUGAUACCUAACUGGCAAUUGUAUUAACUAUAAACUCUCUAUUGCAAAUAUUACAAAACUUACAAAAUAACAUGAAAAGUUAUGUAUAUUGUGACGAACAAUUAACUUUUAUAUUUUCAAAUGUAGAUUAGAAAAAGUCGAUUUUACUAUUAAGUUACAAUGUCUGUUAAUGUUGAUUCAUUUGUUAAUUUAUUAAUUGAAUUAAAAAAUGUAUGUGAUAUAAGUUGGUCUUUAAAGCCAAUAAAUUCAUUAAAAAAUGAAAAAAAUUGUCUUGAAAGCAUGUCUACACUGAAUAAACAAGAAAUAUUAAAAAAACAAAUUAAAGAUUUUCUGAUGAAGUGUCCUGAAAAUAUAACAGAUGUUGAAGAUACCUUAAUUAAAGCACUAAAAUUGUUGGAUGAUAUUCAAAGUAUCAAAAAUUAUCAAACUAUACGAAUAUUAGGAUUUAUUUUAAUAAAAAUUAUAAAAUCCAAACUUCAAGGACUUUAUAUAAAUGAGCUACAAAUAAAUAAGAUGAAAUUGAAUUUUGACAAAAGUUCUGUAAUUUUUGUCCCAAAUCAUAGGAGUUACUUAGAUUUCAUUUUAAUGGCUUUUAUUUGUUUUCAUUAUGAUAUUGAGGUACCAUAUGUUGCAGCUGCCAUGGAUUUUAAAAAUAUGAAAAUAAUGGGAAAUCUUCUAAAGCAAUGUGGAGCCUUUUUUUUAAGACGAAACAAACAAGUUCAAGAUGAUAUUUAUCAUUUAACAUUAUUUUCUUAUAUCAAAUAUUUAAUAGUUUAUGAAAAAAAACCUUUACAAUUUUUUAUUGAAGGCACUAGAAGUCGUUCUAACAAAUCUGUUAUUCCAAAACUUGGACUUUUAAAGUUUAUAUUAGAUCUUAUUCUUAAUGAUGAGAUUCAUGAUACAAUUUUUGUGCCAAUUUCUAUAAACUAUGAUCGUCUCCUUGAAGAUAAAUUAUUUUCAUGCGAACUUCUUGGAAUUCCUAAAGUAAAAGAAACAACUUGGGGCCUUAUUAAAAGCAUAAAAAAAUUGGACAAAAGUUAUGGUAACAUAUACAUACAUUUUUCUUCUCCAAUUUCUGCUCGGAAUUUUAUUAAUACUAAUAAAUUAAAUAGUAUUAUGAACAAGAAUGACAUUUUAAAAACUUUAGCAUAUGAGAUUUUAUACAGGCAACAACGUGGGAUAGUUUUAUCUUACAUUAAUAUUCUUGCAGUAGAUUUAAUUUUUUGUUUAUCAAAAAACUACAGUAAUCAAAUUCAUUUAGACACAGUUAUUGAUAAUAUUUUCUGGAUAAACAAACUUUUUGAAAAAUGUGGAGCAACAGUAGAAAUUAAAAAAUCAGACAUAACACAAAGAGUUACAGAAAGCAUAAAACUGCAUCUUAAUUAUUUAGUUUUAGAAGAUAAUAACUUGCGAAUUCAUACUGAUGGUAUACAAAAUUUUGAUCUCCAUGAUUCAUUAGAAUUUAAGUAUGAAACAUUCAAAAGUGCAUUUCCUAUGAUACUCAAUCAGCUAUACAUAAAUCCUACAUUACAUUUUAUUGUGAAUGUUGCAUUCAUAACUAUAUUAAUAGAUUCUAAAAUGUAUUGGAACAAUGAACUGUUAAAUCUUAAAGCAAAAUUUUUUCUAUUACGAAAAUUAUUUGAAUUUGAAUUUGCAUUUAUAGAAUUUUCAGAAAUUGAAGAUUUUAAAAUAAGUUAUUCACUUUAUUUAUGUAUGAAUAAAAAAGAAAAAGAGUUACUAAGGUUAUUAAUUUCAACUCCAUUUUUGUAUUGUUAUCAACUUAUAUAUGAUAUUCUUGGAAGUGUAUCAACAAAAGAUAUUUCAGCUAUUUAUUUGUAUAAAUUAGUUUAUUUGAGAAUUGAAUAUUUAAUGAAUGAUAACUUCCAGCAGUGUUUUAAUUUGUAUUGUUUAUCAAAAGAUUUCAUUAUAAAUAAUUUAAAUUCUCUAAUUAAAUUGCAAAUGAUAAACAAAUAUAAAAAGCCUGGAAAUGAAACUACAUAUUACAGUAUUAAUAAAAAACAAUCAAUAUUGGAUUUAACAGUACUUUUUGGUGAUCUUAUUACAUCUAGUAAGAAGAAUAUUGAAAAGUUACUAAUGUCAAAAAUCUAAGAUUUAUCCUUUUUUUGUUUAAUGCGUUUUAUAAAAUACCCAGCAUAUUUUUAUGCUUUAGUUUCUUCUACUACCAGUUAUUAAUUUUUGAAAUAUAAGUAUACUAAGUGAGCAACUUAUAUAAGUUAGAAAUCUUUUUUUUUAUUCCAAAUUUUAUGUUGUGCAAUGAGUCUAAUAGAGCAAAUUUGUAGGAAAAAAAUUUGUUGUAUUAGUCCUAUUUGAAUGCUUUAUAUUUUUUUAUGUCA